AUUGCGCAUGCAAAAAGUAGCGUUCUCAGCAACAGCUCUUUUUUUCCUUCACAUAAAUAUAGAAUCUAAUUUGUAAAGGACCUAUUUGAAGUAUUUCAGAAGAUUUCUAAAUAAUUCUCUCAAUGUUUAAGUGGUUAUAGACAUAGACCAAUUUAACGCUAUUAUUUAAAAUGUACCGCAGAGAUAAACCGAUAGUUCUGAAAAGUUCGACAUCUUCACUAUGCAAUAAUCUUGCGGUCUAUGUUUUACCUGACAAACGACAGAUAAGUUAUGCAGUUGUUUAUAAGUCAAUGGUAAAUUUAUCAGUUGCAACGAUUGACGGAAAUAGUGUGCUCGGGAAACAAGUUGGAUGCAAAGAUCCUUCUGCUUCCAUUGGAGUUCCCUUUGUUUUACAGUGCAAGUGGGUUAAUCUUCCAUCUCGAACAAUUCUUGUGAUGACAUCAACUCGUGGUAUCCAGAUGUUCGAGUCAGAUGGAGUAACUCUGGUAUACUGGCAUUCUCUCGGAGAUUCCUUAGAGGAAUCUCAUCUUGCCAGAGGAAUAGAGGGUGUUGGAGAAAAUUUUCUUUGUGUUGGAUCAGACAAUUCUGUGUUAGUGUUUAACAUUCCUUCUAAAGGCCCUAAUGUUGCAUUAUCAGAUACACUUCAUGUUCACAAAGCACCAAUCACACAUCUUGCAUCUGAUCAUGAUAUGCUGGUCAGCGCUGAUGAACUCGGCACUAUUGUGACAUGGAAGGUUAAAGGAUCUGGACUUGUGCAGAUUUCUAAUAUAAGAGGAGAAGGUUGGCCAUGUAACAGUGUAGCUGUAUGGAAGGGUAUUAUUGUUGGAGGCUUUGCAUCUGGUCACCUUAGAAUUUUUAAUGCCAGCUCUGGUGCCAUUGGUGCAGAAGUAGCUGCUCAUGCUCGAUCUAUUAAUGCUGUUGACAUUUCCAAGGAGAAUGGACUGGUUUUAUCUGUAAGUGAUGACACAUAUUUGAAGAUCUGGCAGUUGAAGCCAUUAAAUAUUCCACAGAUUGAAUAUAGACAUGCUGAGUGUGUAACAGACUUACAAUUAGUUGGUGGUCAAUUUGUGGAUGACCAAGGGAAAGUCAUUUGUGUUACUGGCUAUGACUGUAAUGAAAUUAUAUUUUUUGUAAAAAAUUAAUGUAACACUCGUAGUUAUUUGUUUUUUUAAAGUAAAUAAUUUCUUGUUUUAAAUCAUCAUAUCAAGUCACAUGUCUUCAAUUAAGGUCUUGCAUCAUUAUGUAAUAAUGCAUAUUUUUGUCUGUUGAUAAUCACAAGUCUUCAAUUCGAUAAAAGAUCUUUAAAAUAAGAAUGUCACAUUUUCAUAAGUGCUAAUGUUCCAUAAGGAGAAGAAUGUGUUCACUUGAUUCUUAAGUCUAUUAUACUUGUUUUUUUUUUUUAUUUAAGCUUUUUAUAAAUAAUAGCUCAAGUUUGUUUUUAUAGUGAAUGUAUUUAAAUGAGCUGUUUUGUAUGUAGCUUUGUCAGCUGUCUUUUUGAUUCACAAAACACCAAGUUUGACUUUCUAACAACAUGGGGUAUUGCCUUAAAAGUCUCCAAGAUAAAAUAUUAAUACAUAAAUAAUAAUUUUUUUACCAUAAAGAAAUUUCAUUUACUAUAGUGCAUUUACAUACAACAAAAUAUUACAACAAUGCUAAUGAAAUGUACAAUACAACACAGUGGCUUAGCUAGGAAUUCGCCAUCAUUUGGGGGCAGUAAGGCUUGAUCUCUUUGGGGGCUCCUGCAUUUUGCAUAUUUAAUGUAAAAAAACACUCAUUUGGGGGCCCCUCUCAAGUUGGGGCCCAUGGGGAUUUUCAAAUUCUCCCCCCACCCUAGCUACGCUUCUGAUCUAACAGUCUUACUCAAACUUUAAAUCUCAUGACUCGUGUCCUCCAAACACUAGGCCUGAACAAUGCCUUGGCCAGCAAAAUUUGUGAUAUUAGUGUUACUUGAUUAAAUUAUUUCAACUUUUAAUUUUUAAUAUCAUUUGAAAGUCAAUGCAUUAUUUAUUCCAAAGUAAUGGGACUGUGAUAGUUAAUUCUUGUAAUCUUUGAUAAAAUGUUUUGAAAUCAAUAAUAAGUUGUUUUGUUGUUGUUGCAUAAUUAACAAUAUUUUGGAAGGCUAUUUUUUUUUUAUUUUUUGAAGCAACAUAACAUUUUAAUUAUUAAAAGUAUUUUUAAAGUGUGACAUCACACAUUGUAUAUCAAUUAAUAUAUUGACCUAUUUGGAGAACUGCAAACAACCAUGCUUUCUUGUUUUGGGCAAGCUUGUGUAGUUCAUUGCAGGUUUUGAUUGUGGUCUUCUCUACAUUCUUUCUCUUCCUUCUCUUCAAGAGACUUCUUCAUUUUGUAUGUGAAGUCCAUCUCUCUCUGUCACUUACUUUUUUUAGUUGGAGUCCAUCUCUCUUCCAAGUAUUGAGGACUAUUUUUUUUCUUGACCUCAACACUGUCAGCAUUUGAUCCUCCUUCAGGUCUCAAAUAUAUCAGCAUUGAGUAGUGACCUACUUCCUUUUCUUUCAUUCAGAAGCCAUGUUGGAGGUAUGAAUUUUCCAAAUGACAUUCUAGAGAAUUAGAAAAAAAUUAAAGAUAUAAUCAACACUUAAUCACCUGUUUAUUGUGGCUAUAAACAGCUGACUAGUAUUACCUUCCCCCUAAGUUGAAAUUGAGAUACUUAUCACUUGAUAGCCUUAAAUGUGAGGAUUAGUACUCAAGAAUCUUGGGUUUUUCAGGUAAGCACUUGGUAAUUCUGUCUUUAUAUCCCAUCAGAUACUGAUUGGUUCUAAUCUACCCAACAAGCAACAUAAAUAAUGAGCUAUAUUGUGUCCAAUUAAUAUUUGAUGAGGAUGUCAGUUUAUUUAUGUAAGAAACUAAUACUGUUUAGCUAUUUAUAUGUUAAUAUGUCAGUUGUAAAAGAAAUAUAUGUACUAUAUCUAUGGUACCGGUAUAUCAUAUUUAUAAACCUUAUGUCCGUGAUAUAUCAGUGCAAUGUAUACAAGUUUCUCUUCUUAAGUAUUGUGGUAUAUUUAUUACUUUGACAUCUAGGCUACUUUUUAUUUCCUGAUUAUUUUAGUCCUCACAUUGACUUGCUAACCCAUUCCUUUCACUUAUUGUGUUUAUGGUGUUAUUUAUCCAUUUAAGUUCUAUGUGCUUGUUGGAAAUAAAGUGUGUGUAUGUGUUUGCUUGUCAAUAAACUAUUAUUUGAUAAAUUUAAGUUCUAAGUGCUUGUUUGAAAAAAAGAGUUUGUGUGUUGGUUGUCAAUAAUUUAUUAUUUGAUAAAUAAAAGUUCUAAAUGCUUGUUUGAAAUAAAGUUUGUGUGUGUGUUUGUUUGUCAAUAAAUUAUGGAAUCUAUUGCAAAGCAUUCAAUCAUACAGGUGAAUAAAUGUUUUUAUUUAA